UUUGCAGGGUCUUGAAUGUCUUCGUUCACCACUCAGCUCAGAGCCUGAUCGCGAACCGCGCCUCAAGCGACUGCCACCGCAUCCACCAUUAUUAACUUGUAGUGGCUUUGUGAGGUCCAAAGAUUGGUGUGUAGUGCUCUAAAGCAUUUUGCACCAGCAAGGGCCGUCAUAGAAGGCUUACUGCCACCAUGUUUUCUUCCAAUGCGAUUAGGACACUUCUAAUUGGAAUUUCAUUAUUUAUUCUCGUAGAAGGACAAGAUUCACUUCCCACAUAUCCUCCCAUACCAGGAAACCCAGGUUCUCGAGGACCAAAUGGUGAUCCAGGUGACCGUGGAGAGCCAGGCCCCCCAGGUCCUCCUGGACCCAGAGGAUAUAAUGGUGACCCUGGAAGACCUGGUCCGAAAGGUGAAGCAGGAGAGGCUGGACCCGAGGGACCAGCAGGGCCUCCAGGAGGUUCAGUUGGAAGUGCUGGAGUAAAAGGACCCGAUCCUGGUCUCAGCCGGGAUGGUAUCAAAGGCGAAACUGGCCCUCCAGGUCCCAGAGGACCUCCAGGAAGCCCAGGAAAACGUGGACCCCCAGGGUCAAAUGGGGGAGCAGGACAGCCUGGUAAACAAGGAGAUACAGGACCCCCUGGUCGUCCUGGUCCGCCAGGACCCAGAGGAGAAGCUGGACGUGAUGGCUUUGAUGGUGACCCUGGAGAACCUGGACUUAAUGGAGAGGGUGGUCCACCUGGUGCACCAGGUCCCCCAGGACCACCUGGUCUGGCUGGUGAUGUAGGUCAUAAAGGAGAUGUGGGAGAAAAAGGACCUAAAGGAAGUAAAGGAAACUCUGGAGUUCCUGGUGAAAGGGGAUCACCUGGUACUGCUGGGACCCCUGGUUAUGAUGGACAACCUGGAGAACCUGGAUUGGUUGGUAGCACAGGAAAGCCUGGGCGACAAGGGCCAGUUGGUCAGAGAGGAAGUGAGGGGCCCCCUGGACCACAAGGACGCCAGGGUCUAAGAGGACAAAGAGGGCCUGCAGGUCCAGCAGGUAUUUCAGGACCUAAAGGUGACGCUGGCGAACCAGGUAUACAAGGAAGAACUGGAGAUCUGGGUGAGCAAGGUCCUCAAGGUAUAGCAGGAGCCAAGGGUGAAAAUGGAAGGGAUGGAGCAUCGGGAAAGAGUGGAGUACCAGGAGAAAAAGGAUCAGUUGGAGUCACUGGAGAACCAGGUCCCCAAGGUCAACGAGGAGCUCCUGGAAAUGCUGGUGUUCCAGGUGCUCGAGGAAGUUCAGGUCCUCCUGGUGACAGAGGUCGACCUGGUCGCCCAGGUUUGCGAGGAUCCAAGGGAGAAAAAGGAGGCCAAGGACCUCCAGGUCCAAUUGGGGAACCUGGACCUUCUGGUUCUACUGGCAGACGGGGUCAAACUGGUGCAACAGGCCCCCCUGGUCCAGUUGGUGCACCAGGUGCUCAGGGUCCUCCUGGUCUUCGUGGAUCACCUGGUCCUGAUGGUACUCCUGGUCGAAAGGGAUCAACUGGAGCACCUGGAGAGAAUGGUUUCAAUGGAGCAAAGGGAGAUAAGGGAUCUGCAGGUGAACGUGGUGAACCUGGCCGAGUUGGUGCAAAGGGGCCCACAGGUCAACCAGGGGUACCCGGACGAGAUGGCAAGACUGGUGCACCGGGUGACCCUGGAGCAGAUGGUUCAUCAGGAGCUCCUGGCCAGCAGGGUGCUCAAGGAAAUCCUGGACCUAGUGGACUUACUGGACCAAAAGGAUCAAUGGGAGAGCCAGGUGUGGAUGGUGACCCAGGGGCACCAGGUGCUCAAGGAGCAAAGGGUGAAACUGGAGCACCAGGCAGACGUGGGUUGACUGGCAUUCCAGGAAAACAGGGAAGGCAAGGUGAACGCGGAGAAAGAGGACAGACUGGUGCACAAGGGUCCCAGGGAGCCCCUGGUAGUCAGGGACCACCAGGUCUACCUGGAAAGCCUGGAGAGACUGGAGCAUCAGGAGAGAGUGGAGUGGAUGGAACUCCAGGAGCAAGGGGUGAAAGAGGCCCUCAAGGAGAUCGUGGACCUCCAGGUGCUGCUGGUGCUGCUGGAGACCCUGGUGAGCCUGGAACACCUGGUGCUGACGGCAAAGCUGGAGAGAGAGGUCUUCAAGGCCCACCUGGCCCAGCUGGUUCCCCUGGUCUGGCUGGUUUACCAGGACAGCAAGGACGACAAGGGGCCACUGGAGCAAAGGGCUCAAAGGGAGAUGGUGGACCUGUUGGAGAACGAGGGCCUGAUGGGAAAGACGGAGAGCCGGGACAAGAUGGAAUGCCAGGACCUCCAGGACCUCCGGGCCCACCAGGAGAAAAGGGUGAGGAUGGUGUGAAUGGUCAAGAUGGCACUCCUGGUAGCCGGGGUGACACUGGACCUCAAGGUCCGCCAGGAAAUCCCGGUCCACCAGGGAGACCAGGACAAAUGGGAACUGGGGGACCUCCAGGACCUGUUGGCCCUCGUGGACCACGUGGAGAUACGGGUGUGAAAGGACCUCCUGGACCUCCUGGACGGCCGGGCCCCACUGGAACACUCGGCCAGCUUGGUGCGCCUGGAGCUAAGGGAAGACAAGGAGAUCAGGGACAGCAGGGAAGUCCAGGUACCCAAGGACCUCCAGGAAAACCAGGACAACCAGGCCCUCCGGGACCUCCAGGAAAUACCGGGCCAUCAGGGAGAGAUGGUGCAGAUGGGCAAAAGGGUGCAGCUGGAGAACCAGGCCGAUCUGGUAAAGAUGGCUUGCCUGGGCUUCCUGGUAACAAUGGAAAAGAUGGUGAGCCUGGGCCUCCAGGUUCUGAUGGUGGACCGGGAGAAGUUGGAGAACGAGGACCCGCUGGACCAAAGGGAGACAGAGGACCAAUGGGACCCCCCGGCACGCCAGGAGUUGGAGGAGGUCCAGGAGCACAGGGGCCCAAAGGUGACGCAGGCCCUCCAGGCCGAAAUGGACGCAGCGGUGCACCAGGAGUACCUGGAGGUCGUGGCCCACCGGGAUCAAAGGGUGAACCAGGAAAUCCUGGAGCGAACGGUAACGAUGGAAGAAAUGGCACGAGAGGUAUAAACGGACGACCAGGUUUGAAGGGAGAGAGAGGUGCCCCAGGAGAACCAGGAAAAGCAGGUAACCCAGGUCCUGCUGGUAUUGAGGGACCUAAGGGAGAUCAGGGACCACAAGGACCUCCAGGAGAAAAGGGACGUCGGGGAAGAGAUGGUGUUCCUGGUAAACGAGGUGCUCCUGGAGCCCCGGGAAAUCAAGGACCCAACGGAGAGAAAGGUGAAAUUGGUGUACCUGGCGAGAAGGGGGACAAAGGUUGGACGGGAUUUAAGGGAGAGACUGGACCUAAUGGCCCACAGGGCGACCAAGGAGCACCAGGUGUUGAAGGAUCAGAUGGACCUCCAGGACUGAGGGGAUCGCCAGGAGAAAACGGAAAUCCUGGUCCACCAGGAAGAAACGGAACAAUGGGUGAACCUGGCUUGAAAGGACCUGAUGGCGACGUGGGAGAGACAGGAUCACCGGGACCUGAAGGAUAUCAAGGACCACCCGGACCUCCAGGACCUCCGGGACCUCCCGGUGAACCAGGUCGUCCAGGAUUACUUGAGUACUUGGCUAUUGCAAACGUUGAAAAAGGUCCAUCAUUCCGAUUAUACUCGAGCAAUGGAAAGGAAAUACCAACUCGAGAAAUAAAGCCCAUGGAUAUACUCAGAGGGUUAGAUGCAAAAGAAAAAGAAAUUGACCUGAAAAUAAAACCAGACGGUACCAGGAAAUAUCCUGCUAGAACGUGUUACGAUCUGUUCCUUGAUCACAAGAGUUACAAGAGCGGUAUGUUCUGGAUCGAUCCUAACGGUGGAACAAUCAAGGAUGCAAUCUGGGUUUUCUGUGACAAGGGCAAGAAUUCGUCGUGUAUCUACCCCAAGAACUCGAAAAUCUCUGACCUUACAAUCAAAGUACAAUUUCAAGACAAGGAAGACAAAUGGUUGAGCCAAGCGUUUAAGGAAAGCGAAGAGACCGAACUGCUGGAAUACGACGCCCACUACACGCAGCUCAACUUCCUGAAGACCUUUAGCAACUUUGCAAAUCAGAACAUCACCUACGCCUGCCGUAACUCCAUGGCCUGGGAAGAUGGAAGAUACUCAAUCAAACUUAAGGGCUCUAACGAAAUGGAAUAUCAUGCCACAUCUAAGACCUCACUCAGACCCAAAGUACUCUCCAACGGAUGCAUGCAAAGUGAUUCUACGGGCAAAUGGGAGAAAACAGUUCUAGAGAUUGAUACUAGAGAGAGGAAUAGACUACCCAUCAUGGACGUUUCAGCCUAUGACAUCGGCGGAAAAGAUCAAGACUUCAAGCUUGAAAUUGGACCAGCCUGUUUCCAUCACACCGUCCUUUCUCGUACGGCUUAGCUUUUGACAACCACCUGUAUAUUGUGUUUUAAUAUAAAGACGUUUGAAGACAAUGGCAGUCGAUGGAACGUAGGAAUUAAACUUGAGUUAGAUGUAGCGGAGAGAACUUAUAUCAGGCCUCACUAGGCACUGCUUUGCCCAAUCACAAAUAUCCUCCGAAUCUGAAUAAAAUUUUUUCUAUUA